UCCUCUUCGCCCUCCCACUCCCACCCCCAGCCAAGGCCUGCUGACCGCGCCGAGCGCCGAGCUGGACUGACCACGGCUGCCCGGAGACGAGAGAGGAAGCAGCCGACCCGCCCCUGGGUUCGCGCUCUCGCCGCCUCUGAGGGAAUUGAAUUGAGGCGCCGCGGCUGCGAGAGCUAAAAAGGAAGGAGGAGCCGCCGCGGGACUGAGACGGGGGCAGAGCCGAAGAGACCGACACGGAGAAGGAAACGAGGAGGAGGAUGUCUCACCGGGCGGCCAGCGCCUGGAUCAGCCCGUGACUCUUAACAGCGACGGGCCUCAGACCCCAGCGCAGACUCGGACUUUGUCUUUGGGGGCCCGUGCACUGCCCUCCCCGGUUUCCGACAGGACCCAGAGGAGCCGGCGUGCCUCUCUGCCCUCCAGCCUUCUUCACCAUGUCCAAGAUGCCGGCCAAGAAGAAGAGCUGCUUCCAGAUCACCAGUGUCACCACGGCCCAGGUGGCCACUAGCAUCACCGAGGACACCGAGAGCUUGGACGACCCGGACGAGUCACGCACAGAGGACGUCUCCUCCGAGAUUUUCGACGUCUCUCGGGCCACGGAUUAUGGCCCUGAGGAGGUCUGCGAGCGCAGCUCUUCGGAAGAGACGCUUAACAAUGUUGGGGAUGCGGAGACUCCCGGGACCGUCUCCCCAAACCUCCUCCUAGAUGGGCAGCUGGCAGCGGCGGCUGCUGCUCCCGCCAACGGAGGAGGAGUCGUUUCGGCCCGGAGCGUGUCUGGGGCGCUCGCCAGUACCCUGGCGGCGGCCGCCACUUCGGCCCCCGCCACCGGAGCACCCGGCGGCCCCCAGCUGGCGGGCUCAUCCGCCGGGCCAGUGACUGCAGCCCCAUCUCAGCCUCCCACCACAUGUAGUUCCCGUUUUCGCGUGAUCAAGCUGGACCACGGGAGCGGAGAGCCCUAUAGACGCGGCCGAUGGACGUGUAUGGAAUACUAUGAGAGGGAUUCAGACAGCAGCGUCCUGACUAGAUCCGGGGAUUGCAUUAGACACAGCAGUACUUUUGACCAGACUGCGGAGCGGGACAGCGGCCUGGGCGCCACCGGAGGGUCGGUGGUGGUAGUAGUGGCCUCCAUGCAGGGGGCGCACGGGCCCGAGUCGGGAACUGACAGCUCCUUGACUGCUGUGUCACAGCUACCCCCGUCGGAGAAAAUGAGCCAGCCCACUCCGGCCCAGCCGCAGAGUUUUAGCGUUGGGCAGCCACAGCCGCCGCCGCCACCCGUAGGUGGGGCUGUGGCUCAAAGCUCGGCUCCGCUGCCGCCGUUCCCGGGAGCCGCGACCGGGCCGCAGCCAAUGAUGGCAGCCGCGCAGCCCAGCCAGCCCCAGGGAGCGGGGCCCGGGGGACAGACUCUGCCGCCGACGAAUGUAACCCUGGCGCAGCCGGCUAUGUCCCUGCCUCCGCAGCCGGGCCCUGCAGUGGGCGCCUCCGCGGCGCAGCAGCCCCAGCAGUUCGCGUAUCCUCAGCCUCAGAUACCGCCCGGACAUUUGCUGCCCGUCCAGCCCUCCGGCCAGAGUGAGUACCUGCAGCAGCACGUGGCCGGCCUGCAGCCGCCAAGCCCCGCGCAGCCCUCGUCCACCGGCGCCGCAGCGAGCCCCGCCACGGCGGCCACCCUUCCCGUGGGCACCGGCCAGAAUGCUUCCUCGGUGGGCGCGCAGCUCAUGGGCGCGUCUUCCCAGCCCAGCGAAGCCAUGGCCCCCCGGACGGGACCAGCGCAAGGCGGGCAGGUCGCGCCUUGUCAGCCGACUGGAGUGCCCCCGGCUACUGUGGGAGGCGUGGUGCAGCCGUGCCUGGGUCCUGCGGGGGCUGGGCAGCCCCAGUCCGUGCCUCCGCCGCAGAUGGGUGGCAGUGGUCCGCUGUCAGCCGUACCUGGUGGCCCUCACGCCGUGGUGCCCGGAGUUCCAAACGUGCCUGCAGCCGUGCCCGCUCCAAGCGUGCCUAGUGUGUCUACCACUUCUGUUACUAUGCCAAAUGUACCCGCGCCUCUGGCCCAGUCGCAACAGCUGAGCAGCCAUACGCCAGUCAGCAGGAGCAGCAGCAUAAUCCAGCAUGUUGGGCUGCCCUUAGCGCCAGGCACACACAGCGCACCAACAAGUCUACCACAGUCUGACCUAAGCCAGUUUCAAACUCAGACCCAGCCUUUAGUCGGGCAAGUCGACGAUACUAGAAGAAAAUCAGAACCCCUACCUCAACCACCACUUUCUCUCAUUGCUGAAAAUAAGCCUGUUGUGAAGCCGCCUGUUGCAGAUUCCCUGGCAAACCCCCUUCAGUUAACACCUAUGAACAGUCUGGCCACCUCUGUAUUCAGCAUAGCUAUUCCUGUUGAUGGUGAUGAAGACAGGGGUAUUUCAACAGGCAGGCCUGAGCGAGCUUACUGAAAAGUAAACAGAUCCCUUGGGAACUGGUCUUGCCAUCACUAGAAAUAAUACAACUAUCUUCCUGUCUGUUAACCAGGGAUGCUGAUUUUAAGUGAAAUUUAAUUUUAGUUACAUUUAAAAUGCCUACUCUGGAGUUUUAUUUCCCCAACUUUUCUAAAUGGAAAAGAAAAGAGGUAAGUACAAGCAUUGGAAUUGAACUCCUUUACUUCUGUUUCGUCAUUAUUGGCUGUGAUUAUCAGUAAACCUGAAAGAGCUGUGUAUUUGCUUAAGGAAUGGAAGGCUAGCAAACUAUUCUGCUUUUUUAGGGAAGAAUUCCAUGUCAGAGGCAGUAAAUGUUGAUCUGAAUAGAGAAACCAAUGGAGCUUCCCUCAGAAGAAAAUGAGUGACAGUAAGCUUAUUUGGAAAUGAGAAUUGCCAUAGGAGUGGUGGUAAAUGAAGCCCCACAAAUAACUAGGCACCAGUUAUCACCAUGCUGAUGAUUUCAGCAGCAUCUUAAAAACUAGUGAAUUCUUCCUACCCAGGUGCCAAGGGGAGGUAGAGUAACUCAUGGAGAAAAAUAACUACACAUUACAGACUGACUGGCAGAAUUUAAGGUUAACUUCAUUUAGAAAUCAUGGACUAUAUAUAUAAAUGGGCAUCAGUCUAGGCAUAGUCAUAGGACUGUAGGGAAAACCAGGUCUCCAAGUUUUUAAAAGCCACAUGCUUGGUUAUGAAAUUGAUGCUCUCAAAAUAUAAUUCAAAUUCUUGUUGAUCUGGAAAUAAGAAUAGUGUGUAGGAAAGAAAUAAAUUGUAUGUAGAGUGUAGUGAAGGUAGGUCAUUGGGAUUUUAAUGGAAGAUGAAAGAAGCCACUUAAAACUGUUUGAAACUCAUGCCUACGGUGUUCUGAAAAGCUACUUGGGAAGUUCAGUAAAGUAUUAGAUGCUUGGUCAUAUUAUAAAGUAGUCUCUUUAACAAUACGUGUUUGUCCCCAAUUAUAGUUACUUGCUAUUUAAGGCAUUUUCCUGUUACCAUCUUCAGUGGUCUUAGAUCACCUUUUCCAACCAAAAGAUUCUAAAGCCUUAAAAAUCUCACUUUUUUAGAGUAACUCAGAAUGAAGCUAAGGGAAAAUACCAGGAACGUUUGCAAUUACUUGACUCAGCAAAAGUUUGUUCUCCUAUAAUUAAAUACUAGAAGAAACAAUAAGAUUUAGUAACUGCUUUCAGUGAGCUUGGUCUUAAUAUGGAAAAUGGUAAAUACAUUAUCACAUGAUUGAAAGUAAUAACUCAUAUAAAAUGUAAGCACUUCAUAUCUCUCAAGUACAGCUGGAGGGAUUGGUCAAAGCUUCUUCAGGAGGUGGCUUUUGAGUUGGAAACUGAAAGGUGGGUAGAAUUUGGUCAAGCAGAAUUAAAGAACUGAGGGGAAGGGAACAUUCCAGUUAGAGGAAAUAUUGUGCACCACUAUGGAAGUACUGGCCUUACAUGGUAAGGAUAAAGUUAAAUUUGGUAGGUGUAUAACAUUUGAAGACAGGAGAGGAGAGCAGUUAGAUUAGAGACAGAGAUUCUAGAAAGGUACUGAAGCCUGAAUUAGGCAAUGGGGAUGAGAUAGGAAUUACAGGAUUUUACAACUGAUUGGUCAUGAUAGGGGAGCAGUCAAACUUGACUCCAAAGUGCCAAACCUAAUUGACUGAGGGAAUGCUGGUACUGUUAGAAAGUAUUAGUGAAAGAAUUAGUUUGGGAAGGAGAAAGUAGUGAUGAGGUUUUUGUUUUUAGCUGUUUUUUUGGAUGAGUUGAUAAGCUGGUACAAAGUCAAGGUGAAAAUAUUUGGGGUGCAGCUGAGGCUGCAGACUUGCAGCUUGGUAUAGAAAUUAAAGCUAGUUGAGAUUUGAGAAUGUUUUAUUAGAGUUCAAGCUUUAGGAAAGGCCAAGGUUGCCAAGGAUUAGAGUAGGGUAAAGGGUCAAGCCAGGACCUUAGGCAAUACCACCUGCAUUUAGAUAACAGAAGGAAGUCUGAAGAGGAUGAUUGGUUUUAGAGAUUAGACCAUUCUGAGGAUAUUAUUUUCUAAUCAAAAAGAAGAGAAAGGUCUGAAUCUUUAAUUUGAAGUAAUUUCAAAUUUACAGAAAAAUUACAAGAAUAGUUCAAAGAACUCAAUCUUCUUACCACGAUUCAGUGUUUGUUAACAUUUUGUCAUAUUUGCUUUAUCAUCCUAACAUAUUAUUUUAGGAACCACUAACAAGGUGAAACCCCAUCUCUACUAAAAAUACAAAAAUUAGCCAGGCGUGGUGGCAGGCACCUAUAGUCCCAGCUACUCGGGAGGCUGAGGCAAGAGAAUAGCGUGAACUCAGGAGGCAGAGCUUGCAGUGAGCCGAGAUCGCGCCACUGCACUCCAGCCUGGGUGACAGAGUGAGGCUCUGUCUCAAAAAAAAAAAAAAAAAAAAAAAAAAAAAGAGUAGAUAGGAAAUACCAUAUCCAUUUAACUUCAGAUACUUCAGCUUAUGUUUCCUAAGAAGAUUAUUCUCUUACCAACAAUAUAAUUACCAAAUUCAGGGUAUCUUAUAUUAAUGUGCUAUUAUCAAAUAUGAAUAUACAGUGCAUAUUCAGAUUUUGUCAGUUAUUACAAUAAUGUCCUUCAUAACCAUUUUUUAACCUGUUGGAAGAGCCAGUAUAGGUUCACCAAUUAUACUUAAUUAAACAGUUGUCUUUUUCCCUUCCUGUCUUGUUUGAAUAUGUAAGUACUUGUGUUAGUCACCUAAAGGAUUAUUUAAAAUUUAAAUAUUUAAUAAAAAAUGCAGUAUUAAUGUUUUUGGAUAAAAUACUAGGAAAAAAAUGUACUUGCUUAGCUAGUUUGUACUAUUGGGAGUAUUCGAAAGGCAAGGGAGUACUGCCUAAAAUCCAGCUGAAACGACUACUAGAAUUGGUGAAGUUUUAUAAGGGGAGGUCUUUUAUUGCUCAGAGUUGGGUGGUGGGUGGCAAGAGUAGGAGAACAUUUGGAUAUUAAUGUGUCCCUUAGAAUAGAAAUUGAAGUAUAUUCAUGUACUUCCCUUUCUGUACUGUGAUUUUUAUAUGUAUGUAUUAAAUUGGGCUUUUAAUUAUUUUGAGUUGGAAAAAAUAGUGUAAUUUGAAGACAUUUUACAUCACCACUUGGGUUUGCAAAUUAUGUAUUGCUAUCCUGUAUAUACUGUUGUAUCCUCUUAGUUUUAUUCUGGUAGUUGUGUUAGGUGGCUUGUCUGCUGCGAGAUUUUUAACCACAAAUCUAAAUCUCAUUAUUCGAAGUGGUGUUUCACUGGACCCUAAACAUCUCUUCUCUUAGCUUUUCUAUGGCUAGCUGAAGUGGGACACUAAACAUUCUGACAUCUAUUUUCGACACAUUACCAGGUUUCAGAAUUGGCAAAGAGAAAUUAUUUCUUAACUGCUCACCCACCAUUAUAUAUGCUUUCCACCCAUAUGUUUACCACCUUCCUCUUUAGUAAAUUUAAUAUGUUAUUUAAUAAAUUUCUAAACCUAAGUCACCCCAGCCUAUUUUGAGAUGUUUUGAUAAUUAUUUUCAGGUGAAAUUUUAGAAACAGUUUUGAAAAAGGUGGGAAUAGCUGGUAAGGUCUCUUUAUUAUUUAUUUAUUUAUUCAUUUAUUCAAUUCUUUUUUUUUUUUCUUUUCACCAAAUAGAUUUUAGGUAAACCAAGGCUUUGAAUAGAACAGAAAAGUGUAUGUAUGUUUGUACAUGUGAACUAAUUCGCCAAAUUCGAUGUAUUUUUUUCUACCGAAUCUAAAAUUCUAUUGAAGAGCUUUUUUUAAAAAAAAUAAAUAAAUAAAUAACUGAACUUGUUCAGACAAGAAAGAAAUUUAAGGAACCUGGAAUUGUUGAACCAGGAUAAACAUAGAACAUCUUUUAGGGUUUCGUCAUUGUUGUUGGUUUUCCAUUCUAGUCCUCAGCAAUUUAAAAUUUUAAAUUCACACCUCUUCAGUUGUAUUUAAAUCCGCAGUUGGGCAACCUUUUGGGAAGAAAGAAAUAUUAAUGGAAUUAUUUUAGUUUUUUAUUUUUAUUAAGAUUUGGGGUGGUAGGUAGAGGUAGAAGAAAGAGAUGACUGACUCUAUUCUAGCCUGACAUCCUUUUUGUUUGUGUGCAUAAACAUGCUGAUAGUAUAUUCCAAGUUACUCAAAUCAGGGAAUAUAUUAAAUUUUUGUGAUUGAUACAGAGCUUUUAAAUGCCUUAGCUUACCAAAAAUUAGCUCCUGUGUUUAAACUUUAGUUGGCUACUUCUAAAGUAUUUUUCAUAUUUGACAGAAAUAAAUUUAAAUAAGUGAUAAUAAUUUAGAAUGUUUAUCCAUUAGUAAAUAUCCUCAAGAAAUAACAUUUUUAUGCCAGUUUAUCUCCCAGUUGUUUCAAAGUUUGAAGAUUGUUGGUUAUAAAUACUAAAAGAUUUGGAAGGUGCUAUUGUAUUUUUCACUUUUUAAUUGUGUGAUAUUUGGCCCAAAAAUAGUGGUGUCUUCACUAAGUUAAAGUAUGUAUGCAGACAGCAUGGCUGUCAGUGUCCCCAGCUAUUUAUGUGGCCACAUAUUGAGAAUUUUAUUUGUAAUUUCAGUAUCAGUGCUAAUGGCGGUAUCCAUAGUAGCUACGUAUUUUCUACCAAUAGCAAGAUGUUCAGAAUAUAUGUAACCUUUGUCGUAGAAGACAGAAACAUCUUUCUGCAUAUCUGCCUGGUGAUAAAGAAGGUAUAUUUUCCCUAGUCCUACACAGUAUCGGAAGGGGAACAAGGAGGGAAAAGAGUUGCAGUGUCUGGCUGAUAACACUCCUGUUUACAGUGAUGCUAACCAUUGGUCUUCAGAAAAUUUCUGCGUUUAUUUGCAGUAGCUGUUUUUAUUUUGGAUAGUACUUAGUCCAGAAAAUGUUGCUAAAUGUAUUUUUCUAGAGUAGUCAUAACUACUUUUGUUUCAAGAAAUAAGAGAUAUCAACUCUUCAAAAAGCAUAAUAUAUUAUGGUUUCUUUACAAGUUCUGUUUCUCCCAAGCACAGUGGCUCAUGCCUGUAAUCCCAGCACUUUGGAAGGCCAAGGUGGACAGAUUGCUUGAGCUCAGGAGUUUGAGUCCAGCCUGGGCAACAUGGCAAAACCUCAUCUCUACAAAAAACACAAAAAUUAGCCGGGUGUGAUGGUGCAUGCCUGUAAUCCCAGCUACUUGGGAGGCUGAGGCACAAGAAUUGCUUGAACCCACGAGGUAGAGGUUGCAGGGAGCCGAGAUUGCACCACUGCACUCCAGGGCCACAUAGCGAGACUCUGUCUCAAAUAAAUGUAUAAAUAAAUGUUCCAUUUCUUUUAUGUUAGCUAUUAUUAAGCUCAGAGUCAAAAAAUAGGAGGGUUUUUUUUUUUUUUUUUUUUUUUUUUGGGGACAGAGUCUUGCUCUGUCACCCAGGCUGGAAUGCAGUGGCACAAUGUUGGCUCACUGCAACCUCUGCCUUCUAGGUUUAAGUGAUUCUCUUGCCUCCCGAGUAGCUGGGAUUACAGGCACCACCACCACGCCCUGCUAAUUUUUGUAUUUUUCAUAAAGACAGGGUUUCAGCACGCUGGCCAGGCUGGUCUCAAACUCCUGGCUUCAAGUGAUCCACCCUGCCCUGACCUCUCAAAGUUCUGGGAUUACACAUGUGAGCCACUGUGUCCAACCCAAAUAUUCAGCUUUCUGUUAACAAAGCAUGCAGUUCCUUAUUAUACAUAUAUUUGAGUAUUAUGUAACUGGCUUCCACUUCCUUUGAUUUUCCAUUUUUAGAGGGAGCUCUACCUUUAAUUUCAAUAUCUUUUUCCUUUGCCUUCUUUCUAAGCUGUUUCUACUCCUUUGAAAGGAUCAAGUGUAUAAAUCAUUUGAGAGUAAACAUGUUAAAAAUACCAAUAGCCUGUCUUCUUAGAGCUGUUUUUCAAAGGUGUAUUAAUGAAAUUCUUUAAGCUGUGUAUUUGGUGUUUCUUCUACCAAUAGGUGCAUUUGCUAUAAUGCAUAACAUACCAAACACUUUAUAUAUGUGUAUAUACAUGUACUUAUGCUUAUAUAUGUAUGUGUAUAUAUGUACAUAUGCUUAUAUAUGUAUACAUAUAUUUAUAUAUAUUUAGUUUCUGGCAUAGCUAAUUGUGUCUUAAAUUAUAUCUUGGCUCAACCACAGAUAUAUGAAGUUUCUUGUCAUUGUGUGUUAUGUGUCUUUUUAUUUAUUUAUUUAUUUAUUUUGAGAUGGAGUCUUGCUCUGUCACCCAAGCUGGAGUGCAAUAGCACGAUCUCGGCUCGCUGCAACCUCUGCCUCCCGGGUUCGAGCGAUUCUCCUACCUCAGCCUCCCGAGUAGCUGGGAUUACGGGCGCCCACCACCAUGCCUGCCUAAUUUUUGUAUUUUUUAGUAGAGAUGGGGUUUCUCCAUGUUGGUCAGGCUGUUCUUGAACUCCUGACCUCAGGUGAUCCACCACCUCUGUGGGAUCCCAAAGUGCUGUGAUUACAGGCGUAAGCCACUGCAUCCGGCCUUUUUAUAUGUUAAUUUUUUGGAACAUACUGUCUUCUUAGCAGUUUUAUUUUAUUUAGGUACAUUUGUACUAAUUUUUAAAGUAAAUUUAUCUUUGAUAUUUUAAAGCUUAUUUUUUCAAUAUAUAUAACCUAUGGAAUGACUCUGUGUAAUUUAUUGGAGGACAUAAAGGGUUGCCCUGUUUCCCCCCUUUCUCCAUUUAAAACUAAGUAUUUCUGACCAAGCAUUGGUUUAUCAUGGCUAGGAUUUCUCCAAACAAUGUAGUGAACUUUUUUGAACAGCAGGUUGAAAAUCUGGCUAUAUUAGUGGGUAGUCUUAUAGAAUUUUCAGAAUCUUUUAAGGAAAUGUGGUUUAAACCUGAAAACAAAAUUUUCUAUCAAACUAAGAUAAGCACAUUCAUUAAAAAACCAAGUUCCUUUAGGAACUCUUUUAGACCUGUUUGAUUUAGCAUAUCCAUUUUCAAGUAAUUACUUGGAAAUUAUAAAUCAUCUACCUUCUUCCCCUUUCACUGUUUUUUUAUUUUAAUAUAGUUUCACCUUCUCACAAAAGGAAAUGAUAAAUAACUGUAGGGAAUAUUUGGGAUUUGGUUUUGGUAGCAGUCUUGCCAGAGAUUCAAGAUUAUGAUUGAUAAUAUUAGUACAGUUUUCUCAUUAAAUAUUCAUUUUUAGGAAGAAUUCUAAUUUUAAAUUUUGAAGGGUAUCUGGUUAAUCUGAACGCUGUUCAUCUGUACUUUAGUUACCCAAUUUCAUUUCAGGUUGUUAAUAAGGAUGUCCUACAUGUUGGAAUUUAAUGACUUAAACUCUUGAAAUAUGACCCUGUACUUGGUAACAACUAAUUUUGAAAAUAUAUGCUUAGGAAAAUUUUGAUAUAUAACUUUUGUAUCUUUUAAAACGUAUACAGCUCUAAAGUCCUGAUUUAACCAUAUAUUUGUGUAAUGUAUACACCCUUAAAAUUUUUUUUUGUAAGUUUCGUAGUAAAAUAACUGCUUCAUAUGACUGGUUUAAUUGUAUCUUCCAAAAAGACUUUCCAAGCAUUUACCAUAACAAGGCUUUUUUUGUUGGCAGGCCCUUUAACAAAGGGUCAAGCAGUCGGCCCUUUAACAAAAGGUCAAGCAGUCGGCCCUUUAAAUGACCUUAAAUUAAAGCCUUGCAGACAAGCAGAUUUACCAGCAUUAUAGAUAAGUAUUUCAGGAAGUAUUUACUUUACUAAAUAUGACUGUAUAUUUGUCCUAUAAAAAGUAAAUCUUCAAAAGAUUUUAAAAAUUACAGUAUUUUGGUUGAUAGGAGAUAAGAAUUUUAUUAAAACUUUCUUAAAACAUUUGGUAAUACAUUAAUGAAAUGACCACAACUUUAAACGACCACUUAUCCUCAUAAAUAUGGAUUUUUGCCUUCACCAGGUGAUUACAUUAUAAAGCUGUGCUUUCACAGAAGACAAAAUAAAGUUGUAUGAUUUAUAUUGAAGUCAAAUGUGUUGUGAGAUUACAUUUGGAAAGAUUAUAUUGGAAAAAUUCUAAUAGUUUUUCAGACUAUGUGAGAGACUUAAGUGACCAUGUGUAAUAGAAAAGUUCCACUGAAAGUUAAAAUCUGUAACAGCAUGACCCAACCUGUACAUUUGGGUCAAGUAUCUUUUGAGAUAGCUGCAGAGUUUCCUUUACAAUGCUGUCUUUCAGUUUUCUAUAGCUUUAUGCGUAUUGAUCAUCCUCAGUAAGGGCCCUUUUCUUUCCCCCAUCCCUUCCGCCCCUUUAUAGUGUUUUAUUUAGGGGAUUAAUUUAGGCAAAACUAUGCCCACAAAUCUAUGGGUUUCCUUUCCUAUGGGUUACUGGCAACUAAAAAUAUAAAUGUACAUUCUUAUCAGACAGAAAAUGUUAUUAAUGAUGUUAUUCAGUGAUUAACAUAGAUGCCCAAUUGAAAGCUUUCUGGUAAAAUUUAAUAAAUUUAACAGGAUAUUUUUAAUGAAGUGAUUUUUGCCAUUAUUAAAUCUUCCUACCUCCAGUUUUCUUCCGUGCCCAUAUACAGGUGAGCAAUAGGGACCACCGCUGCAUAGGAUACAUUGUUAUUCGGUUACAUAAAGCACAUAAUAAAAUUUAAUUCUUGCCAUUAUGUUGUCUAUUUUCAAAAUUGGGGGUAGUAGAGACAGAUGAAGAUUUAGAUAUAGAAAUGGAAUUCUGUCUUAAGCACUUAAAUGAUCGGUAUGGAUUGUUACUGAUCCAGCCACCCAUGCUAUAAGUCUAGAAACUCAGCCAGGCAUGGUGGCUCAUGCCUGUAAUCCCAGCAUUUUGGGAGGCCGAGGUAGGCAGAUCACGAGGUCAGAGAUCGAGACCAUCCUGGCUAACACAGUGAAACCCCGUCUCUACUAAAAAUACAAAAAAAAAAAAAAAAAAUUAGCCAGGCGUGGUGGCACGUGCCUGUAAUCCCACCUACUCGGGAGGCUGAGGCAGGAGAAUUGCUUGAACCCAGGAGGUGGAGGUUGUAGUGAGCUGAGAUCGCACCACUGCACUCCAGCCUGGGCGGCAGAGCGGGACUCCGUCUCAAAAUAAAUAAAUAAAUAAAAUAAAAUAAAAUAAGAAACUCAUAUACAUGGAUGUGGACCAAACAAUAUAACUCAAAUGCCUUUCUACAGGACUACAAAGCUGUCUGUAUCAGGUUAUGGUGUUAAAUCAUAAUUUCUGGAUCAUGAUCUUAAGCCUUUAAUUGGUUCCAUUUCUACUUUACUCUUUACUAACAAGUAUCCUGAUGGCCUGAAAAUCCAUGUUGAAAUUUGAAGUUUGAAUUUUCCAGAUCAAAUAUGAAAUUUAUUUUCAUUUUUUAAAGUACAAAAUAUCAGUUGUAUAAUCAUGGUAAAACAUAAAAUUUUGCUAUAAAAGAUUUUUAAAGGCUAUUUGAUUAAAACAUUUAUUUACUUAAACUCUU